CUAAAGAUACUGCCAUUGAAAUCUGUGGCAAAAUUACAUUUCUGCCUGUUGUAUUAGACUGUGACUGACCAAGCUCUUGCACUUCAUCAGUCCUGGCAGGAAUGUGCUCUAAAUCCCAGGAUCCUGAAACAGACCCCAAUGUAAGCAUCUGUUCUGGCAUAUGCUCCAAACAGCAGAGAGAGAGGAACAGCACAAGAACAGAGUAAGAGAGGCCCACUGCUUCAUUCUCACUUGCGUUCUAAUUCCAUUGCGUAGCUGCUCCUUCCCUGCUAAGAGUGAAACAGUAGCAUCUAAAUUAUUUCUUGAUUGUAAUGCCCUUUUUCCCAAUGUCUUCUUUCCCACUUGCAAUAGGAAUGUAUAUUGUGAAAUGGCCACGUGUAUGACAUCAAACUCUGGGAAGAUCAAUAAGUUGAAGUUGUACGUUAAUUUUUAAGCCAAAUCUUGCUUGUCUUAGGUGGCAUUGUGAAGCUGUAAGGCUGAACCUGUGAAUAUGAUGAGCAGGAUUUGAUCCAAUCACACAAAGAAAGCCAUGAACAGCUGCAACUGCUUUUAAAGCAGUCACAACUACAGCUCUUCUGCUUCUGGUCCAUUCAAAGUGGCCCCUUCCUCAUUUGCUCUCCUUCAAGUGCAGCACUUUGUUGUUUCUUUCCUUCUGGAAACUAAAGAGUGAAAGACUAUUUUGGAUAGCAUUAAUUUAAAAAAAUGGAAAUAAAGACAUUUUAAUUGCAUGGGAUUUCUAAAUAGGGUUUCAAAGUGGGGGUAAAAAAAACAUAGCUGUGUGCCUGGUACACAGAGAGCCCUUUCUCUUCCCCUUUGUGGCAGAGGAAUCAAUGGAAUUCAUAUAAAAGAAGGAGGGGGGUGGGAAGAGAGAUAGGAGAUGCCUUGCUCGGUACCAGCAGGUCACAAGCCUCAUGAGGCUCGAGCAGGGCUUGCGAGGAAGUUGCUGACUCUAUGUCCAUGUGUACCUUUUUGUUCCUUGCCUUGGAUUUGCUGGUCAGUGGCAUGCUGCUUUGCCUGGCUCUCCAUAGAGCUUGUAGCCUACAGGAAUUUGGACAGAGUGGUACAGACAUCGCCGACAGAGACUCUGAUCACUGACUAUCCCUUUAAAUAUAGUCUCAUGACUUGGUCUUUGCUCCACUACCUAUUAAAGAAGGAGACAAGACGUUCAUAGGCAGCUUCCAUUCAGGCACCCCGAAGGACACAGAAAGGCAAGACAAUUUAACAGAGCUAACUGUAUUAGCUGGUGGAGACUGUUCCCAGCUCAUCUUCAUGUUGCCCAUUUUAUUCUCUGCAUUUAUCCUGUCUGCUUGCCGCAUAACCAAAGGGAACUGCAUCUCCUAUGAUGAGCUGAGAGAGCAGAAGACUGAAUUUGCCAUCAGUCUCUACAGGCAGGUGUCUGAAGCAGAGAACAGGACCAAUCUGGUAGUCUCUCCAGCAAGUGUGGCUGUUUCUUUGGAGCUGCUGCAGUUUGGAGCUCAAGGAAAUACCCUUAUGGAGCUGCAAGAUGCCCUAGGAUACAGCAUUCAUGAUCAAAGCGUGCAGGAUUUCAUGCGCACGGGGGAUGAAGCAGUGACUGACUCCAGCCAAGGCACAGUGGUCCAGCUGGGAUGUUCCCUCUUUGUGGACGCAGGUGUGCAGCUCUCGCCCGACUUCACCGAGCGUGCCACGAGCUGGGCCAACAGCAGCCUGCUCCAAACCAACUUCACCAACCCAAACAGCACCCACAUACAGGAAUGGAUCACCACCGACCUUGCAGAUGUGGAUAUGCAUGGGAUGACACCGGAGAGCACUGGGUCACCGCUCAGCCAGGUCACCCUGGUGAGCACCCUGUACUUCAGAAGCAUGUGGCAAAAAAAGUUUUCCUUCAUGGAUUCCCAGAUGUUGCCUUUUACGAUAUCAGAGGGCUCAACCCUGAAAGUGCCUACCAUGCACCACACAGCUGAAGUUAACUACGGCCAGUUCCAGACUGCAGCUCUGGAGGCUUUCAGCGUGGUCGAGUUACCCUACCUGGGGGAGAAACUCAGCAUGUUCCUGGUGCUUCCCAGCCACAAAAGAACACCUUUGUCCCAGAUUGAGUCUCACCUUUCUGCCAAAACCAUAACCCUCUGGGCCAACAGCUUGAAGAGAACAAAGAUGGACAUAUUUCUGCCUAGGUUCAGUAUUCAAAGCCUUUUUGACCUAAAGACAGUUCUUUCUGCCUUGGGAAUUAGAGAUGCAUUUGAUCCCAUCACUGCUAAUUUCAAAGGCAUUUCAGAGCAAGAUAGUCUUUAUAUUUCAGAAGCUAUUCACAAAGCAGAGAUUGAAGUAACAGAAGAUGGUACAAAGGCAUCAGGAGCUACAGCAAUGGUCUUACUGAAAAGAUCUCGAACACCUAUUUUCAAAGCAGAUCGACCUUUCACAUUUUUCCUGAGACAAGCUAAGACAGGUUCGGUACUUUUUAUAGGAAGAGUUACAAAUCCUUCACAAUAAGCACUAAAUGCAUACCCUGACUUCUGCUCCUCCUAUGAUGAGCUUUCCUCCAAUGAAAUUAAAGGCUACAUUGUAUUUAUUAAAACACAAUUUUAAACAAAAAUUUAAAACACAAUUUUUUCACUUUUCCAAGAAUCUCCACUACCUUAUUACAUUGUUGAAAUUUAGAGCUGUCUACGAAUCAUCAGCACCACAACUACAGCAAAGACAGUAUCCAAAUAAACAUUUACAAAAAAAAAAAAAAAAAAA